AUGCCUCUCAACUACAGCAAAUGGGACCAGCUCGAGCUUUCGGACGACUCAGACAUCGAGGAGCACCCAAACGUCGACACUAAGUCGCUCAUUCGAUGGAAACAACGCGAUAUUCACGAGAAGCGGGAGGCGCGCAAGUACAAAAUCGCGCAGCUCCAAGCCCAAAUCGCCUGCAACAACAUCCUUCUUCCGAGAGUGCAAGAGGUUGCGGCGACUCUCAAGUCGGGCACGCUUGAUAAACCACGGACUGUCUACUUCAGUUCGCUUGUUGAGCAGCUGGAGAGGAACCCGUCGAAGGACUCUCCGCCCGGAAACGAUCCGACAAAGCUUGAGCAGACCUACGACGGCAUGUUGCUCUCCUUAUUACACCAAGUCUCCGGCGCAGCUAAGACGGCUGUGAAAGAAGCAAAUGUCUCUGCGGAUGAACGAGAGGACCGGUUGGGCAAGUUAUUAACAGAGGGCAUUGCAGAACAUGCUGUACAGCUCAAACAGACAAUCGACGAAGACGAAAAGACGGUGGCAGCGGAGAUAAAAGAGCAGAAGAAGCAUAUCACCAGCGACGACCUCCAUGACGGCUUUUCGAACAAGUAUGUCCCUGCGAAACCAGCGCCAGAACCACUUCCCAUUGCAGCCAAACUCGAUCCCCCAGCGAAAAAGACAACAAAAAAGACGACAGAGUUUGAGGUGAUCAACGCGCCAGCAGAGAAAGUCGCGGAGGAACAACAAGAUGAGGAGGCGGAAGAGGAUGAUAUUGCAAACCUGACUCCCUCUCUCGAGGCAUUUUCUCGAAUUCCGAUCAAGGGUUUCGAGCAAUCAUUCCGUUUCAUCCAGCAACACCGAGAUGUGGUCGUACCUGGGGCGUCGGAUGCUCUUCUCGGCGCAGCGUUCAAGGCGCAGUAUGACGGCAAGCCCAAAUAUGCGAAACAAUGUGUCCACCAAAGCUUGCUUCUGCAAUACGGUGACAAAAUCGGUGUUGAUGGUCUGGCAGUCUUCUUCAAGAAGAUGAUCGCCGGCGAUAAGCGUGCGGAAAUGGUCUUCCUCGACGACGUCGAGAAGACAUACGCCCAUCUGACCAAUCGCGUCAAGAUCAACCAGGAAGAAGCCAAAGCUGGUGGGCGCGAGACCAUCAUGCUUGCGACUGACAACGAGAAUGACAUUUCGUUUAACGUACCUACUGGACCACCUCCGAAGGAGCUCGUUCUUGGUGAGGGUAUGGAGGAUAUGGACAUCGAAGAAGUCCGCAAAGCGUUACAGUUUCGAUGGGAUAUAUUUGAGGGGCUCCCCGAGAACUUGCAAAAGGCACUUCAGACGGAGCAAUUGAGCGAAGUCAACAAGGUCCUUGGUGCAAUGGAGGUUGAAGAAGCGGAAGACAUUCUUCAACGGUUAGAUAUGUCAGGUAUCAUUCCGUUCAGUGAAAGCGGAGUGCGCGACGAGACUCCUGCGGGGCGAGCCGCUGCUGGGCUUCCUCCACUAGACGACCCCGAGGUUGAUUAA